UGCCGGCUACCGCCACAUAUAGUCCGCGCAGCCCAGCGCGCCACAUCUCGCCACAAACACAAACACAAACACACACUCUUUCUCUCUUUUCUUCUUUGCUUCCCUGGUUUUCUUCGUCUUCGUCUUCUUCAGGCUGAAUGGUGGUUCUUUCAACAUGAACUCCUCAAACUCUUCAAACCCUCAAUCAACAACUCCUUCAGAUGGCUCUGGCAAGAAGGUCAGGAAGCCCUACACCAUAACCAAGUCCAGGGAGAGCUGGACAGAGGAAGAGCACGACAAGUUCCUCGAAGCUCUUCAACUAUUUGACCGUGACUGGAAGAAAAUUGAAGAUUUUGUGGGUUCCAAAACGGUUAUUCAGAUUCGAAGUCAUGCCCAGAAGUACUUCCUAAAAGUGCAAAAGAAUGGGACAAUAGCACAUGUUCCUCCACCCCGGCCCAAGCGCAAGGCUGCUCAUCCUUACCCUCAAAAGGCAUCCAAAAAUGUUUUAUUGCCAUUGCCAGCAUCCCUUGCUUAUCCUUCAUCUAUGAAUGCCAUGGGAUCUGGUUAUCCUCCUUGGGAUGAUACUUCGAUGCUGAUAAAUGCUGCACCAAAUAAAGCCAUGGCAUCGCAGGAAGAAUUUGCCAAUCUUCAUGUAACUGAAGCACUUCUUAUGGCAUACGACGUUACUGAUUCAGCUGAUAUUGCAUCAAAGGGGGUUACAACGGUUAGUAACAGCAAUCUUAGUGGGAUGGUAGGCUCAAUUAGAACGUUGCCUAGUUCCGAGAUGCCGAAGCAAGGGAAACCUCCCGUGCUUCAUGCUAUUCCUGAUUUUGCAGAAGUUUAUAGCUUCAUUGGGAGUGUUUUUGAUCCAGACACAAAAGGCCAUGUCCAGAAGCUCAAGGAGAUGGAUCCCAUUAAUUUUGAAACUGUUUUGUUGUUAAUGCGAAACCUUACCUUAAACUUAUCUAGCCCUGAUUUUGAGCAAUUUAGAAUGGUCCUGUCAUCAUAUGAUGUCACAACAAAAACAGUGGGAGCUACUACAAGAAUUCUUACGGAGAAGCAGACCAGUGAUCUGCCUGUUUGAACAUCUUGGUUCUUACGAAUUGCAGACUGUACAGGGCGUCAAGAAUCAGCAACAACUUAGCCGGAUUUUUGUUUUGUUUACUUAGGUAGAAUCACGGAUCGAAAGUUUAAUGGUCCUAGUUCAGCAGGUUAUGACAUGUUAGUUUAGCAAUGAAUGCAGCCACAGCCAGGCCAAAUGUUUGAGGAUCCUGACGGAAGAAAAACCCAAAUUUGAGAUUUUUCAAGCUCUAUAUUGAGCUCAUUGUCUGGUGGCCCCAAGAAGAUGAUUAGUGCUGUUGCUGUUAUAUUGAUUUGGCCUUCAGCCAGACAAGUUAUGUAUAUCUUGUAUUUUUAUGGUAGUUUUUAUUAGUAUUAUUAUUAUUUUUUUGGUAAUUUUAUGGUAGUUUUUAUAUUUGUUAUAGAAAAUUCCAUUUCCAAUUUGUAAGGCCUGUGUGCCAACGCAGUGUAACUACAAUAAUUUAAAAAUAAUAAUAAUAAUAAUAAUAAUGAUAGUAAGUUUUCGUCU